AUGGAGGGGUGGGCCGCACCCUCUGGCAGUGGCCGGGGCGCCGCCCGAGCGCGGCGCGCCGUGGGCGGCGUCGGCGGCAGUGAGUGGGGUGCUGGCAGCGGCGGAGUGGGCAGCGGCGGCGCGCAGGGAGGCGGGGACGCAGAGAACGACAGCGGCGCGGCGCGCCCCAAGCGGCGGGGCCGCAAGACGGACGAGGAGCGGGCUGCGGAGGCGGCCGCGAAGCGCAGCAAGCAGGAGCAGAAGCAGCGGGAGCGCGAGGAGAAGGCGGCCGCGAAGAUAUCUGAGAAGCUGGCCAAGGAGCACCAGAAGCUGUCGGACCGCCAGGCGGCAGGCAACCUAUACGAGAGGGAGAUAGUGAUCUCGCUGCCCCAGCCCUUCGCCUCGGGCGCCCUCGGCCUGGCCAUCACGGCGCUGCUGCAGGAGAAGCGCUGGGGCAUGUGGCGCGCGCUGCCGGCCGGCGCGCUGCAGCCGCUCGCGGACGCGCUGCGGGAGUGCGGCUGCGAGGGGGACGGCGGCGGCAGCGGCGGGGUGCGCGGCGGGCGCGGCGAUGGCGGGUGUGCCGUGAUUACGUUCCAGCGGCGGAGGCUGUCGCCGGCCGACGUCAAGAGCGUGCCGGCGUCGACCGAGCUCAAGGAGCCCUUCCAGGAGUCGGCCCCUGUGCCCUGCAUCUUGCUGAUCUUCCACCAGCCCGCCGCCUUUGUCGCCCAGCUGCGCGCCCCCGGCGGCCCCCUGCGCGCGCUGCUGCGCCGCGCGGCCGCGCUGCACCCCGGCCGCAGCCUGCAGGCGCUCGUGGUCGGCCUCGACGCGCACCUGCGGGCGCAGGAGCGGCGCGACUUCCAGGCCGGCACGGCGGCGUUCGUGGCGGCGGAUGUGCACGCUGCGGUGCUGCGGCUGCAGCUGUCCUGCCCGGCGCUGCAGCUGCGCAAGGUGGCCAACGCAGAGGAGGCGGCGCGGCACGUGCUGUCGCUGGUGCGGGCGCUGGGGGAGCAGCCGUAUAAGCGGGUGGACAGGGACGAUGCGCUCGGCGCGGGCGGCGCCGGCGGGUCGGUCAGCGCGGCGGCGGCGACGGGCAUGGGGGACCUGGGGCCGGGCGCGCGCAAGCUGGCGCGGUGCCUGGGGCGCGUGCAGGGCGUGGGCGGCGGCCAGGCAUGGGCCAUCUGCCGCGAGUUUGGCGGCCUGGGGGCGCUGACCCAGGGCUUCCUGCGCGAGCAGGCCGCGGGCCGCGACCCCGCGCGCCUAGUCAGCGAGCUGCGGGACGCGCGGCCCAGCGGCGCGGCGCGGCGGCUGGGCGGCGCGCUUGGGGCGCGGCUGGCGGCGCUGCUGACGGCGCGGGACCCCGAGGCGCUGGUGGGGCGCGAGGACGAGGUCGGCGGCGUGGGAUGA